AUGUCUGCAUCCUCCUCGCCCUCCCUCUGGAACCUCCUAAGCAACAACCCCAACAACAAGCCCAGCCCAAAAACACCGACGGAAAUCCACAUCCAACCCAUCCCCCAUCUCAAGACCGCCCAAACCCGGAGCACGACGCCCCUAUCCGGAAUCUCGAUCACCGACACGGACAUCGACAUCGACAUCACGGCCCUCCCCAGCCAAUCCAGCGUGACAUCCGCCUCCACACCGAACAGUCUAUGUCCCAGCCCCAGCCUGCGACCCGUGCGGUCCUGCGAGGACGUCUCCCGGGCAUUCGAAGCCGUGGAACGCGCAUCCUACGCCCAGGAGCGGAUCUGGUUCUUGCACGAGUUCCUCGCCGACGCCACAACAUUCAACGUGACGCUGUCGUAUGUCGUGAACGGGCUGCUCCGGGCGGACGACCUGGCCGAUGCGUUCCGGACGGUGGCGAAUCGUCAUGAGUCGUUGCGGACGGCGUUCUUCCUCGACGGCCAGGAGGCGCCGCAGCUACAUCAGGGAGUUCUGGCCGAGUCGCGGAUCGAGAUCAGCGUGCGGGAGAUUGAUGUUGCGGAGGUGGUGGAUGAGACGUACGUCGAGAUUAAGGAGCACGUCUACGAUCUGCGGAAAGGCCGGACGAUGAAGGUGGCGAUUCUGUCGUUGACGCCUGCCGUUCACUUUCUCAUUCUGGGAUUUCAUCAUCUGGUGCUGGAUGGGUUUAGCGCCCAGAUCUUCAUCAGGGAUUUGCAGUCGGUCUACGCGGGGGGGACACUGCCUCCGGCGCCCAACUACCGCGCCUAUGCUGUUGCGCAGAGACAGUCGAUCCAUACCGAGGGGUUUCGACAGAGUCUCGAGUUCUGGAAAACCAAGCUGGCCAACCCCCCGCCCCCCAUCCCGCUGUUUCCGUUCGCGCGCGUCCCGACCCGAAAGCCCCUGGACAGGUACCAGGUGCAUACCGUGCAGCGCAAGCUAGACAUCCCCCUGACGAUGAAGAUCAAGGAAGUCGCGCACAAGGUCGGCGGAACGACCUCGUUCUUCCUGUACCUGACGGCGCUGCGGGAGCUGAUCUUCCGACUAUCCGGCCAGCAGGAGAUCUGCAUCGGGAUGUCCGACGCCGGGCGAUCCGACAAGGACUCCCUGCAGAUGGUCGGGAUGUUCGUCAACAUGAUCCCGCUGGUCUUCAAGACGGCGCGCCCGGGCCAGUCGUUCCGGAAUCUGCUCGCCACGACGACGAAGCAGGUGCGCACGGCGCUGGGCCACUCCGCCGUCCCGUAUCAGACGCUGCUGGACGAGCUGGCGGUGAAGAAGUCGCCGUACGAGAGCCCGCUGUUCCAGAUCCUGUUGAACUAUAAGAUGGGGUCGACGGAGUCGGCGAUGCUGGGCGAGAGCAGGGCCGAGAACCUCCGCAUGGACGAUGCGCGGACGGGUCUGGAUCUGGUCGUCGAGGUGGAGGAGUUCGUCGAUGGGAACUGUCUGCUGGCUGUCAAGGGGCAGGAGUAUCUCUAUUCCGAGGCGAGUCUGGAGUUUAUUCUGUCUUCGUUGGUCGUGGUGCUGCAGUCGGUGGCUUCGAACCCGAAUAUCCCCGUCACGAAUAUCGGGGUGUUUGAGGAGGGGAGCGUUGCGCGCGCGUUGGCGGUGGGCUGUGGCGAGAGGGUGUCUUCGGAUCUGGACGACCAGAUGACGGUGGUGCAUCUGUUCGAGAAGGACUGUCUGGAUCAGCCGGAGAAGGUUGCCGUCCGGGCUGAUGGGCAGUCGUUGACGUAUGGAGAGCUGAGAGGCCGUGCUCUGCAGUUGGCUGCACACCUGCACGGGCUGGGCCCGUCUGGCCCGGUGGUGGUCGUGUGCAAGCCGAGUCUGGACUCGAUUGUCGCCAUCCUGGGCAUCCACUAUGCCGGCUGCAUCUACGUGCCCGUCGACACGGAGCAUCCGGAGGAGCGCCUGCGGACGAUCGUGCAGGACUGCGAUGCGCGUGCCGUCGUGCACCACGAUGCGACCUGCAAACUGGCGGCCGCAGUGGCUGGCAACCGGACCCUCGUCAACACAUCCCAGCUUGUCCCAGCGGCCGAAUUCCCCAUCCAGGCGUCUCCCAGCGGCACCGCGUACAUCCUCUACACCAGCGGGUCGACCGGGAAGCCGAAGGGAGUGGUAGUCCGCCACCGCAACCUGACAUGCCAGAUCCAGUCCAUGCAGCGUGACAUCGGACUGUCCAGCGAGACAGUGCUGCUUCAAAGCGGGCUGGGCUUCGACGCGUCCAUCGACUGCAUCUACGCGGCUCUCGCCGGACAGGGCACCCUCGUCGUGGUAUCUCCGGAGGUGCGGCGCGACCCCGAGCAACUCGCCGCCCUGAUGACCGUCGAAGGGAUCACAUACACGCAGAUGACCUCGUCAGAGUACCACAACCUGCUGAUAUACGGCGACCUGAGCGGAUGCAAGACGUGGAGAAACGCCUUCUGCGGGGGGGAGAAGUUCCUGCCGGGCCUGUGUCCGCUGUUCGAGGGACUGAACAUCCCGUCUCUGCGCGUGUGGAACCGAUACGGUCCGACGGAGAUCACCGUCUCGUCCAGCCUGCAUCUGGUGACCGGACGGGGCGCCGACCCCGACGUGCCGGAGGUGAUUCCUUGUGGUCGCCCGCUGAGCAACUACUCCGUGCACAUCCUCGACGACCAGCGCCGGCCUGUCCCCGCGGGCGUCCCGGGCGAGAUCUGCAUCGGCGGCGGCGGUGUCGCGCAGGGAUAUCUGAACAAUGCUCGGCUGACGGCGAGUAAGUUCGUCAAGAACGCAUACGCGAGUGAAGCGGAUGUCCGCCGCGGGUGGGACAAGCUGUACCGCACGGGCGAUCGCGGGUAUCUGCAGCAUGACGGGGCGAUGGUGUUCCUCGGACGGAUGGAGGGGUCGACGCAAGUGAAAAUCCGGGGCAACCGGGUCGAGCUGGACGAGAUCGAGACGGCCAUCGUGGCGGCUUCGGGCGGGAAGGUCCUGGCGGCGGGGGUGUGCGUGAAGGGCGACAACGCGGACGCCACCUUGGCAGCCUACCUGGUCAUGCCCGUGGCGGACGCGUCCUUCAUCAAGGAGCUCGCCAAAUCGCUCCCCCUGCCACGAUACAUGCGUCCCUCGUCGUUCAUCUCCGUCCGCAAGCUCCCGCAGACGACCUCGGGCAAGCUGGACCGCGCCGCCCUGGCGAGCCUGCUGGGGACGGCGAUCCAGAUCGACACGAGCACCGCGCCGCUCAGCGAGCAGGAACAGGCCAUGGCGCACGCGUGGCGCCAGGUCCUGGGCGAGGUGACGCUGUCGGCCGACGCCAACUUCUUCGAGGUGGGCGGAAACUCACUGCUGCUGGUGCGACUGCAGAAGAUCCUGUCGGCGGGAGGGACAUCCAUCCCGCUGACGGAACUGUUCUCCGCCCCGCUCCUCUCCGCCAUGGCGGGGCUGCUGGCCCAGACCCAGACGCCCACGGAAUCAGCAUCGCCGCCCUCCAUCGACUGGGAUGCGGAAACCCGAAUCCCGCCCUCCUUCACCUCCCUCCCCCUCCCCACCCCCCCCUCAAAGCCAAAGAAGGAAACCCUCACCGUCCUCCUCACCGGCUCAACCGGCUUCCUCGGCCGCUCCAUCCUGCACGCCCUCCUCACCUCCCCCAAGAUCCAGCACAUCCACUGCCUAGCCGUCCGCAACCCCUCCUCCCCGCACCUGACCACCCUCCUCCCCCCCUCCGCCCUUCCCAAAAUCACCAUCCACCCAGGCGACCUCACCCAUCCCACCCUCUCCCUCCCCCCCUCCACCAUAGCCACCCUGCGCCAGACCGCCGACCUAAUCCUCCACAACGCGGCGACCGUCUCCUUCAUCGCGCCCUACCCCACCCUCCGCGCCCCCAACCACCUCUCCACGCAAUUCCUCACCUCGCUGGCCCUCCCCCGCCGCAUCCCCAUCCACUUCAUCUCCACCGGCGGCGUCGUCGCGCUCACCAACCAGCCCUCGUGGCGUCCCGUCUCCGUGCGCGCCCAUCCGCCCCCCCCAGACGGCAAGGCGGGCUAUAUCGCGAGCAAAUGGGCCAGCGAGGUGUUCCUGGAGCGCGUGGCGGAGAGAUACAGCCUGCCGGUGUGGGUGCAUCGCCCCGCGAGUAUCACGGGCGAGGGCGUGCCGGAGCUGGAUAUCAUGGGGAACGUGGUAGGUUGGACGAGGCGGUUGAGGUGUUUUCCCGACAGGGGGGAGGUUAAUUGGCUCUUUGAUUUCGUGGAUGUGGGGGAUGUGGCGGGGGGUGUGGUGGGGAGGGCGCUGGGAGGGAGGAUGAAAUGGGGGAGGAGGAUGGGAUGGGAGUGA